AUGUGGCCCAUUUGGCUGCUGCUGUUCCUAUCAUUAUCGCUGGCCAGUGGUCGCCAGGUGGGCAAAUGCAGCUUGGCCCGGAGGCUCUAUCGGUACGGAGUGCCCUACAACGAGCUGCCCGAUUGGCUGUGCCUCGUGGAGGGCGAGAGCUCCUUCGACACCAAGGCGAUCAAUCCCUCCAACGUUGAUGGGUCGGUGGACUGGGGUCUGUUUCAGAUCAACGAUCGCUACUGGUGCAAGCCGGCGGAUGGGCGUCCCUCCAACGAUCUCUGUCGUCUGCCCUGCCGGCUGCUGUUGAGCGAUGACAUCAGGUAUUCCAUAGCCUGCGCCAAAUACAUCAGGAAACAGCAGGGAUUCUCCGCCUGGGUGGCUUGGAACAACCGCUGUCAGGGCGUCAAGCCCAACGUGAAUCACUGCUUCCGGCGACGGUACAGAAACUCGGGUUGAGCAGCCAAAUAAAUACAGAUCAAAAGAUUUAAAGGGUUUCAAUUAUCCAGAAUAAAGUAAAUAGAAACAGUUGGAUAUUUCUUACAUUUAAAGUUGUUAUAAAUGUUCUUCUAUACCACAAAUUAUUUUACCUCAUCAAUACAUAUGUGGAAAUCAAUUAUUUAAAGUAACUUUUUAAAA